AUGCAGCUGCUCGGCAUCGCAGGUCUUCUUGCGCUCCCCGUCCUCGGAGGGGCGCACACACUCGUCACACGACAGUCUCAGGAGACUCCCGACGAGACCAACAACGCCACCGUCCCCGUUGCCAAGAGCUACAUCAUCGAGUACACGUCGGGCUCCGCCAAAGCCCGUCGCGAUGUCGCGCUGGCCACCGACAUCAAGGUCGUCAAGACCUUUGAGAGCGACGUCUUCUCGGGCGCGAGCAUCGAGACCGAUACCCACAACAUCGACAGCCUGCAGAGCCUGGCCGGCGUCGCUCGCGUCUGGCAGAACACCCGCGUCGCCUUGUCUCCCGUCGAGGGUCUCCGGGCCAUCGAGGAGGCUGCGGCGGGGGACUACACCGCGCACAACACCACUGGUGUCAGCAAGCUUCAUGACCAGGGCAUCUUCGGCCAGGGUGUAAAGGUCGGCGUCGUGGACUCCGGCACGUGGUACAAACAUCCGGCACUCGGAGGCGGGUUUGGCGAGGGCUUCAAAGUCGCCGGCGGAUAUGACUUCGUUGGCAACGGCAUCUGGCCCUACGAGGACAAGUCCCCGGAUGACGAUCCAGAAGACCAGCUGGGCCAUGGAACCCAUGUUGCUGGUAUCAUUGCAGGGAAGAAUGACUUCUGGAGCGGAGUGGCUCCCGAAGCCUCGAUUUACUCCUACAAGGUCUUUGCUCAGCUCGAUGCGACGGACGACGCUACUCUUAUCGAGGCUUUCCUGAGAGCCUACACCGAUGGCGUUGACAUUAUCACAGCUAGCAUUGGUGGACCCAGUGGAUGGUCUACCAAUGCCUGGGCCGAAGUUGCAUCUCGUCUGGUUGAUGAAGGUGUCGUUGUGACUAUUGCAAAUGGUAACUCGGGAGCUGCUGGAGCGUUCUUCGGGAGCAGCGGUUCCUCGGGCAAAAACGUACUCGCCGUUGCUUCGGUCGAGACGGAGAAGUUCCCUGCGUCGCCCUUUGAGCUAACUUCCACCCUGAACGGAGAGAGCAAGACAGUCAAGGCUGGCUAUUUGCCGUCAACGUACUACUUCUCGUCCGACAUCACCGACUGGCCCGUGGUCCCCUUGAACUUCGACACCACCGAACCUGCAGACGGCUGCGAGCCCUACCCCAACGGCACACGUCGACUCGAGGGGGUCAUACCCUUGGUUCGCCGAGGAACCUGCACGUUCGCCACCAAACAGGCGAACCUUGUCGCUCUCGGCGCCGAAUACAUCCUCUUCUACAACAACGACGGCCCUCUCAUCACUCCCGGAACAACCGACGACGUGGGCCUCAUCGCCAUCAUCACCGCUGCCGCGGGCGAGGCCAUCAUCGAAACUGUCAAGGCUGGCGGCAACGUCACUGCGGACUUCUCGCUCAACCCCGAACAGGUGGUCGGACUGGAGUAUCCCGCUGGUGGACGGCCCAACACGUUCACUUCGUGGGGAGCGUCCAACGAUCUGGAUAUCAAGCCCGACAUUGCGGCGCCCGGUGGUCAGGCAAGUACAAGGAGCCUCCCCUCCUGCGUCUCACGUUCUCUAACAGAGCUCCAGAUCUUCAGCACAUACCUCGAUAACACUUAUGCUCUCCUUUCGGGCACCUCCAUGGCCACACCAUAUGUCGCUGGUGUUGCGGCUCUCUACAUCAGCGCUCACGGUGGACGUUCCGUGCAUGGCAAGGGUCUCGCCAAGGCACUUCAUCAAAAGAUCAUCGCCAGCGGGACUUCGCUCCCCUGGUCUGAUGGCACGGCCACCGAUUAUGGUUUCUCCGCCUCGGUGGCCCAAGUCGGAAACGGCCUCGUCAAUGCGUUCAAGGUCGUUAAUUACACCACCGACCUCGCGUUCAACAAGAUCGCCCUCAACGACACCCACUACUUCAGCCGCUACCACGACGUGACCGUAACCAACAAGGGCGCCAACGACGUCAGCUAUAAGUUCUCGUACGAGGCCGCCGCGGGCGUCGAGAUCCUCGGCUGGUUCCCCUUUGUCGAGCCCUGGGGAGGCGAGAAGAGACUCAAGAGCUUCACCGAGUUGGCGCCCAAGAGCCUGCCGGUCCAGGUGUCUGUUCCGCGAGACUUUACCCUGAAGCCCGGUGAGAGCAAGACCGUGAGCGUCAACUUCCCCAACCCCGAUAGCCUGGGAUGGAACUCGUCUGCUUUGCCGAUUUACAGCGGGAAAGUCAUUGUGUCGGGCAACAACGGCGAGCAGCUCUCUGUUCCUUAUCUAGGCAAGCUCUUGAACCCCUUCGUAUACUCUUUCAACUUGGACCGUUUCGGGCCCCAGGACUUCCCCGUCAUCUACUCCAAGCUCAUUUGGGGAACCAAGGAGGUUCGAUGGGAUAUCUACGAGGCCGGCUGGACUGAAAGGCGAUGGGAGUAUCCCCCGGUCCCCGGCCGGAACGGAUACAUCGGGCCCGCGACCAGCCACGUCGUUGCGGGCAGCGUUUCGUACUUCGACCCCAACGUCUACGACCCGGACGACACCUGGACCUACCCCAAGAUCGACCUGUACCGCAACGCCCAGACCCAGGCCUCGUACCACGAGUUCUGGUGGUUCGGCAAGCUGGGCAACGGGAGCCAGAUUGAGCUUGGCAACUACACCAUGCGCUUUGCCACGCUCAAACCUUUUGGAAACCCCAAAGCUGCCGACAACUGGGAUGUCUUCCAGACGCCCCAGAUUCAAGUCACUGGCAAGUACGAAAAGCGAGGAUAA